AUGUCAACCAACUCAGAUGAUGAAGUAUAUGGAGUACUUGAAGAAAUGGUCGACCAACAAAUUGAUGAUUACAUCGAGUCUGCUCUUACCAAACAGCCGAAGACACAAGUCUAUAUCGAAAGAGAUCGGGAAGUAGGACACAUUCAACUUUGGCAGGACUAUUUCAGUGAAAAUCCUACAUACACACACGACUUGUUUAGGCGACGUUUUCGAAUGAACAAGUCAUUGUUCCUUCGCAUUGUCGAACGUCUAGGUAAUGAAGUUCCAUACUUUCAACAACGGAGAAAUGGUCAUGGAAGGAACAGCCUAUCUACACUUCAAAAAUGCACUUCAGCUAUGAGAAUGUUGGCUUACGGUUGUGCCGGAGAUGCGAAUGACGAAUAUCUCCGACUUGGGGCAAGUACUGCAAUUUUAUGUUUGGAGAAUUUCGCGGAAGCGAUAAUACAAGUGUUUGGAGAUGGUAUCAAAGAAAACCAACACCUGAAGAUCUUCAAAGACUACUUGAUUCUGGAGAGGCACGGGGGUCGAGCUCCUAAAGUGAAGUUCAAGGUCAACAACCACACUUAUCGUAUGCCCUACUAUCUUACCGACGGGAUUUAUCCUAAUUGGGCAACAUUUAUCCAAUCCAUCCCGCUUCUUCAAGGUCCUAAAGCAGUGGCAUUUGCAAAACGUCAAGAAUCGACCAGAAAAGAUGUCGAACGGGCAUUUGGAGUCUUGCAAUCGAGGUUUGCAAUUGUUAAAAACCCUGCUCUUAAAUGGGACAAAGAAAAGAUAGGAAAGGGAAUGAGAGUCUGUGUCAUAUUGCACAAUAUGAUAGUAGAGGACGAAAGACAAGGAUACAUUCUAGUUAAUACAUCUGAGUUCGAGUCAGGAGAAUCUAGCCGAAGUUCGAAGGUGAGAAGGAGAGAAAGUGUGAAUGUUGAUAUGCUUAACAUUCGCAAUCUGGUUCGGGAUCCACAAAUUCAUGAGCGUCUGAAAGCUGAUUUAGUUGAAAAUGUAUGGGCCGCUGCUCAACUGCUCUCUGACGAACAUUCCCACGCUAUCAAACGACAAGGUUCUCCUCCGAUCAUUCCCCAACCAUCUCCUGGCCAAGUUUUGUGUCAUGUGGAUGCUGCUUGGGAUCUACGUACUGGUAAUUAUGGUAUAGGGGGUCUAUUUUCGGGAUUGGAAGGCACUAGGAUCCCGUCCCUUAAGGUUUCUCGUUCCUCUGUUUCAUCAGCUCUCAUGGGAGAAGCUCUUGCUGUUCGCUUGGCGGUGAUGACCGCCUCCUCGUCUAACGUCUGA